UUCCGUGGCUAUCACAUAUUCUGUGUGUCUGUAUGUUGACUCGGGGAGCCUCCAGUUAGGUUCGUUCACUUAAAUCGCGUAAGGACACUGCAGUUGUAAAACUGUAAACGGUAGCGCUUGCUAGCCCCUUCAAACGGGGUGAAAUGGCGGAGUACAGUCAGGCGGGAAUAUUAACAGCCAUGCUGCUGUUCACGGUUGUCACCGUCCGGGACAUAUAUGUCGGGAAGAACUUGGCUCAGCAGCAGGCCGCUGACAGCCUGGACGUGGGGCCUGAAAGCCUGCGGGAUGUGGGUGCACAGAAGCCGGGCAAACCCAAGCUGUACACCGGCCCGGUAUUGAAGUUUCAGUUCUGCAUUUCCUGAGGGUACAGUAAGGUGUUCCAGGAGUACUCCCGGUCCAUCAACCAGUUGUACCCGGACAUCCGAAUCGAGGGAGAGAACUAUCCUCCCAAACCCAUCAACAAAUAUAUUGCAAAUUUUGUUUCCUACUUCAAACUUCUCGCCAUCGCUCUGAUUGUUAGUGGACAGAAUCCCUUCCCCAUGCUUGGGAUGGACACACCAAGAAUAUGGUUAUGGAGCCAAGAUAAUAAGAUAUUUUCAUGCUUGAUGACAUUUUUCCUGAGCAAUAUGCUGGAGACCCAUUUCCUGUCCACAGGUGCUUUUGAAGUUACACUUAAUGAUGUACCAAUUUGGUCUAAGCUGCAGUCGGGACAUGUACCUAACAUCCAAGAGCUUUUUCACAUCCUCGAUAAUCACCUGAAGAUGAAUCAAGUUGACAAGAUGUCUUUUCCAACUCCGUAAUGCGGGUUUCCAAGCAGAGAAAUGAGUCUCUGGAGCAGUUUCUCAGGUCUGUGGGACUGUCCUGUGGCGUAAUGAAGGCCUGCACUGAAAACAGCUCGCUGUGAGUCCAGGCUGGAUGUCCCUGCCACUAUGCACACUGCUGCCGCCCUGAGAAACCCUCCACCGGCAAAGGAGGCCUCAACACUAGCAGCUUGUUCCACGCAAACGCUUCUCAUUUUUCUUUCUUGAGGAAAAACCGCCCGAUGUUUUCCAGCGUGUACAGCACUGGACAGAAUUCCUCUUCCUUGCAGAGCAGUCCUCUCUGUGAUCGUUUAAUGUGACAUCUCAGACAAAGCGUUGUUUGAAUUCGCUGCUGUUAGCUGUGGGCAGAAUCGGAAAGUGGAUGUGAUUAGUUUGUAUUUUCUUGUAAAACGGCUGACCUAGCUUUCUUAAUUCUUCUGUUAGGGAUGCUGUAGGAAAGGGUUUGUGUCCUGCUGGUAGUUCUGUGGAGCCAAAUGUUUAAAAUGCUGGAGUUGGUCGAACGUGUGAUUUAUUGUUUACUCAGUUGAAAUAUGGUAUGGGUGUUUUAACAUGUAUAACUUGAAAGCACUGUCAUAAUUUUGGAAAAACAAACAAGUGAGAGUGCUGUUAAUUGCCCUUUUCUGAAGGCUUAAAUGGCUGUGAUACUGGUUCCUAAAAGCCUGCCAGCUAAUAUUUCUCCUUUUAAUGAUAUUGACUAUGCCAAGGUACUUGUGUAACAAGACAUUAGUUACCCUUAUCAUUCAAAGAGAAAGUAACUCUGGAAAGCACUUACUGUAGUGAUGCCUUGGUGUCAUCUCUAGAUCCACAGCAUUCUGGUAUUUGUUCAGUCUUGGGUCUUAACGACUCCACCAGAGUCUUUGAUUAAAUAGGACCUAAAUGACCCUUCUGGUUGGAUUUUUAGACCCAGGAGAUGAUAGACAAACUGACUGUAUACAGUGAUGCUGAGUGUGAGGCCAGUUGGUAUCAGUCUAAAACAGGCUACUAGUUGGUCGUCUGUGCUUCACUUACCUCGCCCAGUGUCUUGCCAAGUGAGCAUCUCUUCUGAAGUAAUGGCAGUACCCCAAUUUUGCCAGUAGAUGGCAGAAAGGUAUCAAGGUGUCCACUAAAGUAAGUGCUGUUUUUUUAUAUUUGUGGAAGUCAACUAGCUGUGCAUUCAGCAUUAACACAAUGCUUUUCAGGUUGACAUAUUUUGCUGACAUUUAUCUGGCUUUGUUGUGGCAGCACCUCCGCCUCAUUGGUCAAGUCUUUGGUGUGGAGUAAUAUGUUUCUUUGUCCUGGGUGCUAGUACAUGUCACCUCCUGAAACUUUUACUGAAUGUGCAGGCCUGAAUGAAACUGAAUUAAGAAGACACAGCUAAGUAGUGAAUCAGCGGUACUGAUCUCCAGUGCAUAGAAAGCCCCUUGUGUGUGUGAUUUUAAUAAUUCUAUAGAACACUCCUUGUGCUGGAUAUGUUAAAAAUGUUGUCAUUACUGAAGUACAGCAUAUCAGCUAGGACUUUGCUCAGAUGUAGCCUGACUGGGUAUGCUAUGGCUCAGACACCACUCUGGAAUCAUUCUUUCAACAUUUCUCAAGAUUUUUGUUUUCAGUGAUUUAUACUCCAGUAAUGCACUCCAGUCUAUCAAUAUGUUUUCCGUGUAUUUCUGUACUCACAACCAGAUGGUGUGGAAGGGAGAGAUUCAAAUGAAAGAUUAAAAACUAUGUGGAAAUCU